UCGAACUUGGGACACAAUGCGUGGUGGAAAUGGAGGGGCAGCAGACCGUUCUGCAGUACCCGCAGUCGGCACACGAGAAAGAAAGGAAACAACCAAAGACGUUCGCGUUCGACCACUGUUUCUUCUCUCUGGAGGCAGGGCUGCCCAACUUCGCGUCCCAAAAGACAGUGUUCGAAUGUCUGGGACGGGACAUCCUGGACAAUGCCUUCGAGGGGUACAACGCGUGCAUCUUCGCUUAUGGACAGACAGGCUCGGGCAAAUCGUACACCAUGAUGGGCGCGCCCGGGGCCGACGAGGGCGGCAUCAUCCCGCGGCUUUGCGACGCGCUCUUCGAACGGAUUGCAGUCCAGCAGAACCCGCCGGCCCUCACUUACAAGGUGGAGGUGUCAUACAUGGAGAUCUACAACGAGCGCGUGCACGAUCUAUUGGACCCGGAGACGUCGCGGCGCUCGCUGCGCGUGCGCGAGCACGUCGUGCUUGGGCCCUACGUCGACGGGCUGUCGCAGCUCGCCGUCGCGUCUUUUCAGGACAUCGACAACCUUAUGACUGAAGGCAACAAAUCCCGGACAGUGGCUGCCACAAAUAUGAACAGCGAGUCAUCCCGGUCACACGCGGUGUUCAGCGUGGUCCUCACACAGACGCUUUGUGACGCUGCGACAGGUGUCACUGGCGAAAAAGUCGCCAGGCUGUCGCUGGUGGACUUAGCUGGCUCCGAGCGAGCCGUCAAGACCGGUGCAGUGGGUGACCGGCUGAAGGAAGGAUCUAAUAUCAACAAGUAAGU